CGCUUUGCUUCGCUUUCACUUUGAGCUUCUCUUGUUGUGGUUGCCCGGUGUUAGAUUUGGACGGCCUGCUUUUGCCUUGAAGGAAGAGUCACGCGCAGAUCUCUUCAAAGACUUCGCUUCCGUCCGCCCAGAUCUACCCAAGUCCUGCACUGAGAUCUUAUAAUUGAUUGAAGGAAUAUCUGCUUGUUUACAGUUUCUGUACUAUCUUUAUUUGAAAGAUGGGUCGUGGUGUUAGUAGUGGUGGUGGUCAAAGCUCCUUGGGUUACCUGUUUGGCAGUGAUGAGCCAGCAAAGGCAGCUCCUGCCCGUGCACAACCUGUGCAGAAUGCAGCACCUUUAACCAGUGACGCUCCAAGGCCUUCUAAACCUCAGGAAAAUGGACCUGCAAAGACUUCGAAGCCCCAGGAAAAUGGACCAGAAGUUCCUGCAGGUGUACAAAUGCAUAGCACAAAUACCAAUAACUAUUUUCGAGCAGAAGGACAGAACUGUGGAAACUUCAUCACGGAUCGGCCCUCAACAAAAGUCCAUGCUGCACCUGGUGGUGGUUCGUCCCUUGGAUAUCUGUUUGGUGGCCCACCAAGUAAAUGAAAACGAUGGCACACUGGAUUCCGUGAUUUAUGCCAAAUUUGUUUUAGACACGUAGGCCAAACUCAAGCUUUUCUGAGGAUAAUCUCCUUUGACAAACAAUUGCUAUUUUGUCAGUUAAAGUUUGACUUAUGUAAUAUAUUUUGUGCCUAUGUUUUUAGUUGAACUGGAAACCAUUUAUUUCUAAACCAGAAACUCAUCUGGAAUUUGUCAUAACAAUGUCUGGAAAUACAAUCCUUAUGAUGUGAAAUUUGAAUGUA